GGCCUAUUCCCAGUCUUAUGCGAGACAUUUCUGAGGACCCCGAGCAGGCGCAACUUAUCAACUCAUCAUGGAUAACGGACCUGGGAAGGACGGGCAAUCAGAUCCCCCCCCAGUGAUAUCCUCGCUCGCCCAUGCCUGCAACGCCGCUUUCACCAGACUAUGCCAGGACCUCCCGACAACUGAUUACCACGGCUUGGAGGCUAAAGCGACUGACGAGGCUGGCCGGUUCAGAAUAUGGGCGGCGAACAUUGGCGCUCUGCAGAGGCCGCAGUCGUCCGGCUCACUCGACUCGAGAUUGAAGAACGCCGAGCGCAUGAAGAGUAGCGCGGUCUCGGGACUUCAUCGACUGGAAGAUGCUCUGGUUAGAGCGAACGGCAUCGCGCUGGGAAACAUACCCAACAGGACGAAAAGCCUGGUCACCGGUGAAGAGUCCAUUAGCCACUCGUCUGAUUUACACUCUGGAAAUUCCUACGAAGGGAAUCGUGUCUCUUCGGCUACGGAAAUCGACGAGCUGUUCAACAACAUUCGAUCCUGCAUCACGCAUCUUUUUACACUCUCUACUUUGCUUCGUCGGAGUCACCCUCGAGGACGCACGUCACGGCAGGGCCCCCAGUACUCACAAUCGGAUCCCAGGCCGUCCAUUACCAAUGCACAAGACAAGUUUCCAAAACUGAAGCAGUCUACCUGGCUGGCGGAGAGAAUAGGAGAGCGGAAUGCUCGCCAAAGCGACUACAUUCGUUAUCGCCAGAAUCAUCGCAGGAACUUGGCCCAGGUCGAAGUCGGACCAGGACACGACGAGCAGGCAGAACGAGCCACGACCAAGGCGACUUCUUUCCACGAAACCCUCGCGUCACCCGAGAGCAUCAGAAGAGAUCCACUGGACUCGAAAUGGGCGGAGAGCAUAUACACCGUCGCAACGUCAUUUGCCCAGACAGCUGUUGGAGCUGACAACUAUUCAGGCCGAAUUGUCCCUCAACUGACAAGAAUGUGGCUGGAUGGACGACAGCUCGGUUACGGCGAACCGAUAGAGUGUCCUUAUUGUCGAACGAUCCAAGUCAUCAAGGAUCGCUUUCAUUGGAAGCAUCACUUAUAUCGUGAUCUCCAAACGUAUGUAUGUACAUUCAAGGAUUGUUCCGCGGAGCCAUUCCAAACUUCCCAUGAGUGGUUCGAGCACGAGCUGGACAAGCACCGGCGACAAUGGAAUUGCGCCCUCUGCAAUGCGAAGUGCGUUUCCGCCUCGGGUCUUGAAGCGCAUUUCGACUCCCGACAUCCGGGUGUGGUGCCCGCCGCGCAGAGAAAGGUGAUGCUGAAAGCUUGUGAAAAGCCCGUCGCUCAUUUCGAUAAAGACGCGUGCCUAUUCUGUGACAGCUGGAACCCAUCGACAAUUAUCGAGGGCAAAUCCGAGAGGUUCCGCUCGCAUCUGGCCAAACACUUCCAGGAGCUCGCCUGCGAGGCGAUACCUUUAGCUAUCGAAGGUCUCGUGGUCCAGGAUGACUCUGACACUGAUCACGACCCUACAACCAGCGAUGGCGAUGACCACAGCACGGAAGAUGGUGAGAUGACUGACGAACGCUGGGUAACAAUCGGAAAGCACAUCGAAGAGAAGGGAUUGUGGAAAUGCCUUCAUUUAGAGAGAAGUGGAUUGGUCUGCCCCAACACAUACAGCUCCCACAGCAUGUUGAGCAGCCACUUUCGAGAGCAGCAUGAACUUACCACUCGUCCCGAAGUACAGCUCAACUUGUGUCGAGGAUGUUAUAAUUUCUUCCGUGGAGAGUACUGCAACUGUGCUGGAGCAACGCACGGUUAUGAAGUGUGGUACUUCGCCAAGUGGAGAGCUUCCUCCAACACCAUAGUAAGGGCACAGCAGACCGUGGCAGAUGCCGAGAGGAGGCCACAAAUGGAACCGCAUAUGAAUAUGGAAGCCGAAUUUGCUAGACAGAGAGCCUGGCUAGAGUCCAAGAUGCAGCUGUAUAAUGCCGCAGAUGCAGCCUUGGUCGACGAGAAUCACAACCCUGGAGCUUCAGGCGGUGAUGGACAUGGCCUGCACCGGAACAUCUACGACCAGCCGCCGUCGCAGCCUCCCCAGCAGCACAUAUACUACCAGGCCCAACAAGAUCACCAUUCGGCGCAAGAGGCACAUUCCGUGGCUACUCAUCCGCCCACGGACAACAUAUCACCCCCGACAUUGGACAGGUCUUAUGCACAGACAUUGCCCCUCGAGAACGCACCAGAACCCUCUUUCUUGAUUUUAGAUGAGACUGGUCAGAAGCACUCGGUUCCUUUACGACUGGGUCGAAGUUGGCCUUACAUGAUAGAGUUCGUCGAAAAUAAAUUUAUGAUGGCCCUGGAUGAAACCUCAUCACAACAACAAUACACCCUUUGCAAAUUGGUGGGCGCAAACGGAAGCAUUGCCCCCGAAGAAUGGGAGCGGGUCAUUAAGUCUGGCAGCGUCGUAAGAAUGAUAAGGUCAGAGCCAUCAGAGAGGGGUCUGAGAGGGGAAGCCCAAAAUUCCAAUCAACGGCUCGGCACAGCAGACAUUGGGAUGAAGGCGCAGGCUGAGCGGGGAGGAUUUAGAUGUGAGGAGUCGACUAGAGAUGACGAGGCCGAGGACCAGAUCUCUCACCCCCAUUUCGCGCAGACCCCAGAGGGGCUGAAGACGCUCCGGCGCAGGACCAACUGGCUGAGCAAACGCGCGCUUUCGGAGGGCAGAGAUUUCAACCCCGAAGACGAGGUAAACUUCGAAGAGACCUGGAGCAGUGCCAGGCGACUUCAGAGGCGUACUCAGCCUAAACCUGGCGCGGCUAGCGGAACACAUCCCGCCCGCGAGGGGGACAACGGAAGGCCCGAUGCUGCGGCUGUCGCUAACGAGCUCGCGGCCGCUGAUGACCGGUCCGGGGACGACCCGUCUCCUCAUAAUUCUCGCCUUGAUAUGUUUCUGAAUGAUACUGACGAGGACUCGGACGAGGAGGCGCGCCGCGAGUUCGUCCGCACACAGCGCGAGCUUCGGAUGCGCGAGCGCCGGUCCCACAGCUCAAGCAUCGGCAAAAGCACCAUCUUGGAGCGCAGCAACUCAGACCACGAGGACGCGGACGAGGACCUCAGCAAGGACGAGGGCGAGGACGAGAACCUGAACGAGGACGAGGCGGCGCAUCGCAAGUUUGCCAGCAAGCUGCACGAGCUUCGGAUGCGCAAGCGCCGGUCCCACACCUCAAGCAUCGGCUAGUGCACCAUUUCGGAACGCAGCGACUCAGACCACAAGGGCUGGACGCCCCUUGACCCGGAUGCCGUCGAUGACCCCCUUCCAGACCGUCUUGCAAUGACUUCGACUGUGACGAACAUAACGCGACCGCUUUUCUAUUGAUGGGAUCCUCAGAUACAACAUGGAGAUUGGCGGGAAGCAUAACUAGGCUCCUAGAACGAUCCGUUAAAAGAAUUCGUACUUAUGUGACUCUUCUCAUUUCGUUGUCAUAGCUCCCUUGCGGCGAAGAGU